AUGGCCCAAAUCCAAGCCCCAACGGUAGAUGUGGUCCGGGCUACAGGCGCUAUUCAGCAACCCAACUAUGGCCAGCCGCCCCAGUACCAAGGGGAGGGAGAACUUCUCAAAGGUCCGUGCAGCCAAACUGAUUUCACGCUUGUUGAUGCCGGCAGCACUGUGUACUAUGGCGGCUUCGUGGGCUGCGUGAACGACAGGCCCGAGUGUUGUCCUUGGGCCGUAGGGACUCCGGCUUCGGCUGCGGCGGGGAGUGCUACUACCGACGGGGCUGCGAUCAAUGCCCGGGACAACACCGACUUCCCGACACCCGUCAACGGCGACUUGGCUGUGCUGGCGAGCUGUGCCGACGACUACUACUCCAUUUCCGGCGGGUGCUGUCCCAACGGUUUUUGGCCUUUUACCAAGGCUGUAGGUGGCAUCACGCCUUGUUGGAGUUCCGUUUCAACCGUCGAACCUCCUACCCUCACCCUUGAAAAGGACGCAAAGACGAAGGAUAAGCCGACAUCAGCCGUCGUCAACAUCGUCUGGUCCAUGCGCUUCGAGGUCGCAGAUCCUGGGGGUGGCGGGCUUUCGACGGCGGCCAAAGCAGGAAUUGGUGCAGGAGCGGGCGUUGCAGUCAUUCUCAUCGCUGGUCUUGCCAUCUGCUUGUGGAGAUCUCGCCGCAAGAACAAGAAGCUGGCCGAAGCUCAGCAACCAGCACCUCCAGCCCAAGCGCAGAUGCAGCAACAGCAGCCGCCCUUUAGCCAACCCCAAACGAUGCCACAAGCAAGUGUCAUAAACGGUCAAUACCCCCCGGGAGCCUUUCACCCAGGCAUGGCAGCAAUGCCAACGCAUCCCCCCUCAGAUCGCACCAGCACCGUGACAAGUGGGACCUCGGCAUUCCCCGCUGUCCUCAUUCCCCAGCACACGGGCACCUCUGGCGGCGGCGUGAGCGAACUCAGCUCUCAGAGCGGCCAGAACCUGUUGCACAACGGCCAGUCGGGUUACUACGCUGGAGGAGCCACCAACCCGCACAUCCCCUACGGCGGUAGGAGCGGGACGGGCAGCCCAGCGGUAGGUACUAACGGGCAGGGCUAUCCGGCACCGAUCGCGGAGGCGGAUGAGGGUCAUCAGCAGCAACAAUAUCCUCAGUAUGGCUACCAGCAUCAACAUCCGCAGCAAUAUCCGCCUCAAACACAACAACAACAACAACAACCACAACAUUACCUGACACAGCAGCAGCAGCAGUACUAUGGUGCUUCCCUGGUGCAGCAAAUGCCACCUCAAGGACAGGGGCAGGGGCCGUACUUCCCUCAUCCGCAGGCUGGAUAUGCGUACCCCCCGCAGCAACAACCAGUCCAUUCGCAGAACGUGCCCGAGAUGAGCGCCAGCAGGGAGGCGGAUCCGCCUCAGGAGGUCAUGGGUAGCCAUAUACAACAUCAUGCGGGUUAG